GAAGCUGGGGGGCGGGCCCGGCCGGGCCGGGGCGGGGCCGCGAGCGGCAUGGAGGAGGCGGAGGCCGCGGCGCGCGGGGCCGAGCAGUGCGGGCCCGAGUGGGGCCCCUGCGGGGCUUGGGGGCCCUGAGCCAUUCCUGAAGUCAUGGGCUGUCCAGGACACUGGUGACCCCCCAAUCCAGCAUGGAUGACUGGAAACCCAGUCCCCUCAUCAAGCCCUUUGGGGCUCGGAAGAAGCGGAGCUGGUAUCUUACCUGGAAGUAUAAACUGACAAACCAGCGGGCCCUGCGGAGAUUCUGUCAGACAGGGGCCGUGCUUUUCCUGUUGGUGACCGUCAUUGUCAACAUUAAGUUGAUCCUGGACACUCGGCGAGCAAUCAGCGAAGCCAAUGAUGACCCGGAGCCAGAGCAAGACUAUGAUGAGGCCCUAGGCCACCUGGAGCCCCCACGGCGCAGAGGCAGUGGUCCCCGGCGGGUCCUGGACGUGGAAGUGUACUCGAGCCGCAGCAAAGUAUAUGUGGCAGUGGAUGGCACCACGGUACUGGAGGAUGAGGCCCGGGAGCAAGGUCGGGGCAUCCAUGUCAUCGUCCUCAACCAGGCCACGGGCCACGUGAUGGCAAAGCGAGUGUUUGACACAUACUCACCUCAUGAGGAUGAGGCCAUGGUGCUGUUUCUCAACAUGGUGGCGCCCGGCCGAGUGCUCAUCUGCACCGUCAAGGAUGAGGGCUCCUUCCACCUCAAGGACACGGCCAAGGCUCUGCUGCGGAGCCUGGGCAGCCAGGCCGGCCCUGCCCUGGGCUGGAGGGACACCUGGGCCUUCGUGGGACGAAAAGGAGGUCCUGUCCUUGGGGAGAAACAUUCUAAGUCACCUGCCCUCUCCUCCUGGGGGGACCCAGUCCUGCUGAAGACAGAUGUGCCACUGAGCUCAGCUGAAGAGGCAGAGUGCCACUGGGCAGACACAGAGCUGAACCGUCGCCGCCGGCGCUUCUGCGGCAAAGUUGAGGGCUAUGGGAGUGUGUGCAGCUGCAAGGACCCCACACCCAUCGAGUUCAGCCCUGACCCACUCCCAGACAACAAGGUCCUCAAUGUGCCUGUGGCUGUUAUUGCAGGGAACAGGCCCAAUUACCUGUACAGGAUGCUGCGCUCUCUGCUCUCAGCUCAGGGGGUGUCUCCCCAGAUGGUAACAGUUUUCAUCGACGGCUACUAUGAGGAACCGAUGGAUGUAGUGGCGCUGUUCGGUCUGAGGGGCAUCCAGCACACUCCCAUCAGCAUCAAGAAUGCCCGCGUGUCUCAGCACUACAAGGCCAGCCUCACUGCCACAUUCAACCUGUUUCCAGAGGCCAAGUUUGCUGUGGUUCUGGAAGAGGACCUGGACAUCGCUGUGGAUUUUUUCAGCUUCCUGAGCCAAUCCAUCCACCUACUGGAGGAGGAUGACAGCCUGUACUGCAUCUCCGCCUGGAAUGACCAAGUAGGCUGGGUGGCCAGGGGUUGGCAAGCGGGUUUGUUGAGGCUGCAAGCUAAUACAGUCCCCUGCCCCCAGGGGUAUGAACACACGGCUGAGGACCCAGCACUACUAUACCGUGUGGAGACCAUGCCUGGGUUGGGUUGGGUGCUCAGGAAAUCCUUGUACAAGGAGGAGCUUGAGCCCAAGUGGCCCACACCGGAAAAGCUCUGGGACUGGGACAUGUGGAUGCGGAUGCCUGAGCAACGCCGGGGCCGAGAGUGCAUCAUCCCUGACGUUUCCCGAUCCUACCACUUUGGCAUCGUCGGCCUCAACAUGAACGGCUACUUCCAUGAGGCCUACUUCAAGAAGCACAAGUUCAACACGGUUCCAGGUGUCCAGCUCAGGAACGUGGACAGUCUGAAGAAAGAAGCCUAUGAAGUGGAAAUUCACAGGCUGCUGAGCGAGGCGGAGGUUCUGGACCACAGCAGGAACCCCUGUGAAGACUCUUUCCUGCCGGACACGGAAGGCCACACCUACGUGGCCUUUAUCCAAAUGGAGAAAGAUGAUGACUUCACCACCUGGACCCAGCUUGCCAAGUGCCUCCAUAUCUGGGACCUGGAUGUGCGUGGCAACCACCGGGGCCUGUGGAGAUUGUUUCGGAAGAAGAACCACUUCCUGGUGGUGGGAGUCCCAGCCUCUCCCUACUCGGUGAAGAAGCCACCAUCAGUUACCCCAAUUUUCCUGGAGCCACCCCCAAAGGAGGAGGGAGCCCCAGGAGCUGCAGAACAGACAUGAGACCUCUUCCAGGACCCUGCAGGGCUGGGUACUGUGUACCCCCAUGCAGGCUGGCCCUUCACACAUCCUGUAGAUUUUGUAGAUGCUGGUAGGGGCUGGGGCUGGUUUGUUUUUAACAUAAGACUUAACUACUAACUUCAAGGACAGGGUUCCCCUGCUCCAACACUCCUCUUCCUGAGUUGAAGGUCUAUUUAUUUUCUCCCUUGUUAGAGAAGGACAGAAGAUCGCCUGGGAAUCGCUGGGAUCCCUGGGCAGCUGAUCCUGCCCUUCGUACACCCCCUCCUCCCAGGCCUGCCUCAGAAUCUAAACCUAUUUAUUGACUGUCCUGAGGGCCUUGAAAACAGGCCAAACCUGGGGGGCUUGGAUUUCUUUCUGGGCUGUUGUGCUGCCCUGAGGGUAGGGCCGGCUCUUACUCAGGAAACUGCUAUGCCCAACCCAUGGACAGGCCCAGCUGGGGCCCACAUGCUGACACAGACUCACUCAGAGACCCUUAGACACUGGACCAGGCCUCUCAGCCUCCUCUUUGUCCAUUUGUCCAGAUUUCCAAAGUUGGAUAAGUUGGUCAUUGAUUAAAAAAGGAGAAAACCUCUGGGAA